AUAAUGACAAGUACAUGCUACACUUGUCUUUACUGUACUGGUUGUCUACUGCGCAUGGUCGCAUACGCCAUUUCCGGGUACGACAUGUAAUAUAAAUACGCUGACCUAUUCGAUCGUCGAAAGAACAUACAAAACCAAUGAUUCCCAUAUGUCCUGUUGUAUCCUUCACCUAUGUGCCCAGCCGGCUUGGUGAAGAUGCCAAAAUGGCUACCGGCAAUUACUUUGGAUUCACACACGGCGCUGCCGCACAGUAUAGUCAGCAGCCAGCUGCCGGGGUAGCCUACACACAUCCCACCACGGUGGCCAGUUAUACAGUUCAUCAAGCACCUGUGGCAGCUCACACUGUGGCUGCAGCCUAUGCUCCAACAGCAGCCACUGUAGCCGUUGCCCGACCUGCGCCUGUUGCUGUGGCUGCCGCUGCUACUGCUGCAGCGUACGGGGGAUACCAGCCAACUCAUGCUGCGGCCGACUAUGGCUACACUCAGCGGCAGCCUGAAGUUCCACCACCGCCACCUCCAGUCACUUCUCAAACAUACCAGGAAUCCUACUCCUAUGUCCGGUCAACAGCUUCUGCUGUAGCAUAUGAGAGCAAGCAGUACUAUCAGCAGCCAACUGCUACUGCAGUGGUGGCGGCGGCUGCCGCUCAGCCACAACAAACAGUUGCAGAUUCCUACUAUCAAACAGCCCCCAAACCAGGGUAUAGUCAGGGGGUAUCGUCAUACAGCCAGACCCAGCAGACACGUCAGGUGACUGUGAUAAAGCCAGCAGCACCCAGUCCUGCGACAUCCUCUUUCUCCAUCUACCCUGUGACCUCCACUGUCCAACCUGUGGCUGCAGCUGCGUCGGUUGUCCCGUCAUAUUCCCAGAGUCCAACUUACAGCACAAAUGCUGUCACCUACUCUGGAACUUCAUAUUCUGGAUAUGAAGCAGCAGUGUAUUCAGCAGCUUCAAGUUAUUAUCAGCAACAGCAGCAGCACCAGAAACAGGCAGCAGCUGCUGCAGCUGCAAGUGCAGCAUGGACCGGGAGCACUUUCACCAAGAAGCCUCCCUUUCAGAAUAAGCAACUCCGACCCAAGCAGCCACCAAAACCCCCUCAAAUCCACUAUUGUGAUGUCUGUAAGAUCAGCUGUGCUGGCCCUCAGACUUACAAGGAGCACUUGGAAGGCCAGAAGCACAAGAAGAAGGAAGCAACACUGAAAGUUUCGCAGAACAGCAGCAGUGGCAGUGGUAGUGGUAGUGGGUUAUUGGCCCGAAGUUCUCAGAACCAACUCCGUUGCGAGCUUUGUGAUGUUUCCUGCACUGGUGCAGAUGCUUAUGCUGCUCAUAUUCGGGGAGCCAAACAUCAGAAGGUUUUGAAGCUUCAUACCAAACUUGGAAAGCCUAUUCCCUCGACUGAACCCAGCAUGGUGACUCAGACUUCGUCCUCGAGCACAUCUGCUCCAAGCAAGUCCAUCACUUCAACCUUGAACAGCUCCUCUACCGGUAGCUCUCUGGGUGUGGCUGCGUCUUCAUCCGGUACUACCUAUCUAAAACCUGGGAGCCUCGUCAGCAGUGGCGUGAUUGGUGUUAAGAACCAAUUAGCCGGCAAUUUGUCCGCCGCCAACUCUGCUGCAGCCGGAAAGAAAGUCAACACAGCCAAGAUCAAUUUUGUUGGUGGAAAUAAAUUGCAAACUACAGGAAAGCCCGAUGAGUGUAAAGGUGAUGCCUCCAAGACUUCGUCUUCCUUGGGUGCUGCAGAUACCAAAACUGAGGUAUCCGAAUCUCUGUCAGCCCUGGCUGCACUGCAGAGUGAUGUCCAGCCUGUUGGUCACGAUUAUGUUGAAGAGGUCCGAAAUGAUGAAGGCAAAGUCAUCCGCUUUCAUUGCAAGCUCUGUGAAUGUAGUUUUAAUGAUCCAAAUGCAAAGGAAAUGCAUCUCAAGGGACGUAGACAUCGCCUGCAAUACAAGAAAAAGGUUAACCCAGAUCUGCAGGUGGAGGUAAAGCCUAGCAUCAGAGCAAGAAAGAUUCAAGAAGAAAAGAUGAGGAAGCAGAUGCAGAAAGAGGAAUACUGGAGAAGACGAGAGGAAGAGGAACGUUGGAGAAUGGAAAUGAGGCGAUAUGAAGAAGACAUGUACUGGAGACGUAUGGAGGAAGAACAGCACCACUGGGACGAGCGCCGUCGUGGACCAGAUGGAGGCUACCCACAGGGUCCCCCUGGCCCUCCAGGUCUACUUGGAGUCAGGCCUGGUAUCCCAGGUUUACAGCCACACGGUCCUAUGCCCCCACGCCGGCCUGACUCUUCAGAUGACCGCUAUGUCAUGACCAAGCAUGCUUCCAUCUACCCUUCGGAGGAGGAGCUGCAAUCUAUUCAAAAAAUUGUGUCAAUAACCGAGCGGGCCCUCAAACUGGUCUCUGACAUCAUAACAGACGAGGACAAUAUCAAGGACGAAGAUGACAAAGAAAAGAAAGAAGCCUCAAAAGAUCGGAGUGACAUUGACAGAGCCCUGAGGGGUGUCAUGAGGGUGGGAGUCCUGGCCAAAGGAUUGCUCCUUCGUGGGGACAAGAAUGUCAACUUAGUCCUCCACUGCUCUGAGAAACCCACCAAGACUCUUCUUACACGAAUUGUGGAGCUCCUCCCCAAACAACUCGCAAUUGUAGCCCCAGAAAAAUAUGAUGUUAAAGGAUCUCUUCAAGAAGCAGCCAUCAUUCUUACCUCCUCUACAGAGCCAAAGAUGCAAGUGACCAUCACUUUGACUUCACCUGUCAUCAGAGAGGAGACCGGCCAGGACGGAGAUGUAACUUCGGGUUUGGUGAAAGACCCAGCGGACGUCUUGGACAGGCAAAAAUGCCUUGACGCUCUGGCUGCUCUGCGCCACGCUAAGUGGUUCCAGGCUAGAGCAAAUGGACUGCAGUCAUGCGUGAUCAUCAUUCGGAUACUCCGAGACCUCUGUCAACGUGCUCCUACAUGGUCGGCGUUCCCAGGAUGGGCCUUGGAGCUGCUCGUGGAAAAGGCCAUCAGUAGUGCCUCGGCGCCACUUAGCCCUGGCGAUGCUCUCAGGCGUGUCUUUGAAUGUAUUUCUUCGGGCAUACUACUCUCUUGUGGGCCCGGACUGAUGGAUCCCUGUGAAAAGAGUGUCGUAGAUACCCUGGCUGCUAUGGGAGAGCAGGAGAGAGAGGACGUAACCUUAAGUGCCCAAUUUGCGCUGAGACUGUUGGCAUUCCGUCACAUUCAUAAGGUUUUGGGGAUGGAUCCUCUGCCGCAGACGAACCCUCGAUUCGGCGUCAAUAGCAGUCGCAAGCGUCGCCACGAGAACAGCGACGGGGCAGACAGCUUUGAGGGUGAAGGCAAAAAGGAUAAGAAGGAUUAUGAUAUUUUGUAAAGGCCAUUGUGCCGACCAGUUUGAAGAGAGAGAAAAAAAAGUACUAACUUGUUUAAAAUGGGGUCCACCAUCGUGUGUGUACUGACUUAGCUCUGUCAAGCUUUUUUUCCCUUUUGGUUUUGUCUUUGUUAUUAAGCUAUAGAUGCUUCAGUGUUAUGACAGCCUCACGUGUACCAGAGAAACAAAGCUGUGUUUGUGUAUUUGUUUUAGUUGUAGAUAUCUUAAUGGUUGUGUUCCAUCUGUACAAGUUACAGCAGUUUUUAACCUCAAACAAUUGACUUGUUUUGUGAUAUUGUCAAGUGUUGGUCGCAUUGGCUUCCUUAACAAUUCACUGUUACUUUCCUUGCUGGCUUUGAUGUGAUGGAAAAAUACGGUUUUGUUCAGUUGUCUCGAGUAGGCAAGCAGUCACCAAUGUCAACGCCUUCAAUCACCUGUAUAGUUCCAUUCCAAGUUGGAUUGUGUUUUUUUUCUAUUGUGACGCGUUCAUCUGGCCAGUUAGCUUCUAUAAAGGGUCUUGAAGUAGAGAAUUGCUUGUGUAAUUUUGGAGACCCUGUAAAGUGAAACAAAAUAGCCUGAAUUUGACACACCACAGAGUGCAGAAAGGUUUUGUUAAGUCUACCAAAUUUGAAUGAGGGGGCUAAUCGGGCCUAUUAAAUUGUUCUCGGUCUUGAUUCGUUUGAAUACAUUUGAAGAGAAUGCUUAAAUCUAUUGACAAAGAAAUCACUUUACAGGCUAUUUAAGUAGAAGACAGACUUGGAUUUGUGGAAAGCAUGGUUAUACUCCCAACGCAUUCUAUAUUGGAAAUGUAUUUUUGCUGUGGGAAAUUGGUCUUGCUGCCCUUUUGUCUUGGCUAGGUGCUACAUUCAUUGCUGCUUCCUAGCGUGCAAUUCCACUAGCACAAUAAACUCAUUUCCUGAUUCAAAGCUGUGUGU